AUGAGCCCAACUCCCCACUUACCUAACGUUAAUUCUAAUCCAAAUUCCGUCGAAUCGUCCAAUUCCACCGCCAACAUUUUUCUGGGUGGUGUGCGGAGAUCGUGGAUGCUGAAUGCAGCCAACUGUCCCUCUUCAUUCUCCUGCCACUCCAAAAUACCUGACGAUUCGGCUGCCGCUACUUCUUCGAAUAACGCUGUUGCCGUUUCUGCUGCUGCUGAUGCUGCUGCUGCCGCUGGCCGGACGCGUCAACAAGGCAUGCGAGAGUCGUCCUCUCUUCGCGUGCUCCCCGUGCCAUCUCCAAGUCAAGAGAAUGCCGCAUCAAUCACCACUGCGGUCGCUGCGCCCUCACAAUCUCCAUCGCAGCCGAAUGUAAUAUCCCCGGUGACUACCGGCCACGCCCAGCAGCAGUUCCAGCAGCACUCUCCCGUUUCUCGGGGCACGCCGUGGCACAUCGUUUCUGACCGAGCGGGGCCCGACCCUCCUCUAGCUGUGACAGCUGCCACAACCACCCAAAGUGUACCCAUAGCGUCCUUCCCAAAUCCGAUCGAAGUGCCUUCUCCAAUAUGUGAUAGCUCCAGUACUGUCGUUAAUCGCAAUGGCGCGAGUCCCUCGGUUACAGCAUUUCCGUCCCCUCGCACCGUGGGGCCAGCGCCGCUGCCCCAUCAGCCACAGGCCGGGACAGCAGUGUCGACGUCUUCACCAGCUGGGGUUGGAGCCAGGAAUCCUUCCUGGGCCGGACGCCAACGGGAAAGGAGUAAUACCUCACUGCAACCGCAGAGGCAGGGCUCGCACGCAUCUCACUCACACUCUCCAGUAUUAUCUCCAGCUUUUCCAUCGUCUGCCGCCUCCCCUCGACUACAGAUGGUGCAACCUCCUAAUGCAUCCCGGCGCAAUCCUUCCCACGAUCCCAUCCUGGAUGACGCCUUCUACGAACAGUCGUUGAAGACACUUGAAAAUUUCCAAGAACAGCUGAAGCAGAGGGAUUGUCUCGGAAAUGUAGAACAGCCACGGACACAACUUCUCUACCAAGCCUGUGCUGAACGAGAUCCUCUGUUCCUCGCUAUUCAUCAGGUGUAUUGUCUUCAUAGCCUUGCCCCACAAGAAUUUCUCCAGUUGCCGGGAUAUACCGUGCUUCAGGAGUGUGGCUUAGAUGUGAUUAGGAGACUUCUCGUAGAAAAUAAUCGGGUCUCAGCGGGGUUUCUCAGAUGGUCUACUCAGUUCCCUGCCCCACUUGUUGGAUUGAUGCAGAGGUCUAGAUAUCGACAGGUUGUCGAGCAGGCCGGGCAAUGUCUCCGCUUGCUGGCUGAGAGGUGGCCCAUGUAUGUGAAGGAUGUGCGAAAGCGAGAAUUCCCACCGUUGGUCGACGAGCUUGUGAAGAACUUUGAAAUCACAUCGGGAGCCUUGGCGUAUACGAUCUUUCUGUCCACAUGUCGGACAUUACCCGGAUCUAGGAGCGAAGAGCAUUUGAAGGCCGUCUGGGAGCUAGAUCUACGGUACUACCAGCAACGUUGCGCAUCGCCGCGUCCGGUAUCUAAUGCACAGCUCUACGAAGAACACCAGAAGGUCAUUCAGGCAUACCGCUCGGUUUCUGUACCAACUGGCACGCAUCAGCCAGGGCCACACCCGACCCUGUCCCACGGGUCCACAUCGGUCGGAAGACAGCGCUCGUUCCGUUUCUAUUCAAGCGGCAAUCGAGUAUAUCGGCUGCGGUGUAUCAAGAUGCCCUCAGUUGCCAAUGAGGUUGCAGAGUCGAUGUGGUCUGUAGCCGAGUCGGUGUGGCCGAGUGUUUUUUACGUUCACGUCAAUGGGGUGGAGCUUUUCGUUCGUCGACGAGUGCAUAAUGGCAAAGAUCUCCCGUUAGAUAUCACGGACCAUCUCAUUGAAGGGGAUAAUAUGAUAUCCUUACAUUUUAUCCGUAGCCCAGCUGAAGCAAACGAUAUGUUAUACGCAAUGGCAGUUGAAGUGUUGGAGAUCUCAGAUCUGGUUCGAGCCUUUUCCCUUGCUCAAGCCUUAUCCCCUUCGGAAUGUCGGGAGCAGAUUUGCCAGCGUGUCUCUUCCAGCUUGCAGGACGACGAAGUGAGUGUCGUCAGUGACCAUCUCAGCAUCAACCUCGUGGAUCCUUUCACCGCACGAAUCUUUAGUCGUCCUGUACGCGGACGCUCCUGCAAACACCAAGAUUGCUUUGACCACUUGACCUGGAUACAGACGCGUGCCUCGACGUCGGGAAAACGCAGCCUGAAAAAUGACUGGAAAUGUCCCAUUUGCGGCCAAGAUGCGCGUCCCCAACAACUGGUCAUCGACGGUUACCUUCAAGAAGUUCGCGCGGAGCUAGCACGAAUAAAUCUACUCGAAGGAGCAAAGGCAAUCCUCAUCAAAGCCGACGGCUCCUGGGAAUUGAAAUCAGAAUCAGAUGCACGACCCUCAGAAUGCGGGCCCGAUAACACCGGGGAACGAGUCCCAUCUAAACGAAAAGCAUCCGAGACUAGCAACUAUUCCCCAGCUCCAGCUGCCCAGAGGCCAAAAUCUGAACGUACCAACUCUGCGAAGGGGCCGGUUUGCAAUACACACCCACCCCAAGUCAUUGCACUAGAUUAA